AUGGGACAUGAGGAGCAUGGAGGGACUUGGCACAUGGAAGCAGCUCAACUGGAUACGCAAAGGAAGAAGGGAGAAGCCAUCUUGAAGACCAGCUCGACCGUCCACUCGACCAACCGGUCGAGUUCCUCAACUCGACCGGCCAAGCUUCAACUCGAUCGAGCUGGGGAGUCAAAGUCAAACCCGAAAAAUGUA